ACAACAAUUCGUCAGAAUCAAUUUCGAGUGCCGCAUCGCUGGACUUUGCUUUUUGCUUCUGCAGUGGUGGUCGUUCGUUGUUAGAAGUUCUGUAUGCGCCAUUGCUUAUAUGAGUGCUCUGAGUCCCGCUUAGUUGAGACCCAUACAAAUCAAAUGAGAGGCUUUUUGUUUUGGCACAUGGCAUAUUGCGUGACGGGUGUUUAAAGCUGACCUUUUUCUUCAAACGCUUCCAGUUCAGAUGUGGCAAUCGGAGUGGUGAAUGCUUCUGACUGUCUGCAGAAGUCAACGAAGCCAAGCUAUUCCUUCGAGCGUUUUGGAAACUCUCCGGUAUUGGAAUAUCGAACUCGGGUAGACCUUUCUUCAGCCGUCGUUCUGCCAACGCAGUGCGUCUUUUGUUACGUGCUAAAAUUGAAUUUUCAUUUUUGAAGAUGCUUGUACAAACAAACAUGCUCCAUGAUAAUGUAUCGUACUUGAUACGCGAUGGAACUUUAAGCAUUAUUAUUAUCAGUCGUGCUAAUCACACAGCAAUAUUAACUAUUUGGUUAAGUUCAGUUAGAAUGGUGUAA